GAUAUUCAGUGUUACAAAGUCACUUCACCGAUAGACAUCGGAUUUUUCUGUGCAAACAUCUGUUUCUGUUUUACAUAUCAAGUAAAAAUUUGUGUGUACACAUCUCAAGUACAACAUUCAGCAAAAGACAUCCGAAUUUCUGCACAUGUGAUUUGGGUGUUAUUAUUCAUUUGUGUGCCGAAAUUUGUGAUAAAAAUUGCGAUUCUAUAACAAAGUUCCUGUGGGUGGUUCACCUUCUCAGAUCGUGUCUAAUCGAAUCAAAGUCUCGAUUAUAACUUUGUGAAAAUCUUUUACGGUCCGUCGAGUUGAUGUUAAAGAGAUUCGGUAGUUAUUUGGUUAAUACAACACGAAAUAUGGUUGGACUUGCAAACAACUCGGUUAAUCAUUCCGUGGUGCACAACAAUGCUACACCCUUUGAAACUGCUACAUUUGGCAUGGGUUGUUUCUGGGGUGCAGAUUGUUUAUUCGGCGCGACAACAGGUGUUUUGAGAACGAAUGUUGGAUAUUCAGGUGGCACCAAAGAGAAUCCAACGUACCGUGAUCUCGGUGAUCACACAGAAGUUAUUUCUAUUGAUUAUGAUCCGACGAAAAUUUCCUACUUACAACUCUUGGAUCUGUUCUGGAAUAAUCACGAAUACGGUUUGACGAAGAGACAGAAAAGACAAUACAUGUCGUUAAUUCUUACACAUUCGGCUGAACAACGAGAUAUUGCCAGUAAGAGCCGUGACGAUGAACAGGUGAAGCGAGCGCCUGAAGUGAUAAUUACAGAAAUUGCUGACGCUCAAAAAUAUUAUCCAGCUGAAGAUUACCAUCAAAAAUAUCGCUUGCAACAGCACAAGGCCCUAUGUCAAACCUUGGGAUUAACAGCCGAACUUCUGCAGACAUCUUACGUUGCAGCUAAGCUAAACGGUUACGUAGCCGGUGUCGGUGGUGUAAAACAAUUUUUGGCUGAAGCCGAUAGCCUCGGGCUAAACGAAUCGCAAAAGGAGUAUGUUCGACACCAUGUUGCCGAGAAUGAAGGCGGUGGCCUGUAUUGCUGACCGAUUUCGAAUAGGAAAUGUAUUAACAUGAAAAUGAAGAAGUACACCGGUUGAAUAAAAGGCAGGCGAGUCCGAAUGGCUAUAAAAUUGUAACUCUAUUCCACAUGUUCUUCUAAUGUAUAUUUAAUGGCGCACAAUCUUUGUCGAUUUACUGUUGUUACGUCGUUCUGUUUUAGGUGUUAAAUUUUUUUUUGUCUAUCAGUUACAAAGGCUUGUGAGGGAGCCCAAAGAAACAGAACUAUUUAGGCUAAGAGAAGUCAGAAUCAACAAAAUUGAUUGUCCAAAAACGAAAUAAAAAUUCUGCUUAAAACUCC